AUGCGUGAAUACCCUGCUUGGAUGCUGUGCUUUUCCGCCAAGGAAGGGGCGGGGCAGGGCCCCCGGCCCUCGCUGCGGAAGAGGCGCCUCCAGCCUUGCCUGGGUGCAGCCCUGGGGGCCGCGGGGAUCUGUGGGCCUCAGGGGUCUGGGGCAGUCCAUUCUUGGGGAAGAUCCCAGAAUGGAAGACUUCUAGGCAAAUCAGGAGGGACCAGGGCCCUUCAGAGGGUCCCGAAUCUUCCCAUGGGGAAGAAAUGGGAAGCUGACCCCGGAACCGGGCACUGGCCCUACUCAACCAAUUCUUUUUGUGGAUUGCGCCAAUCAGAAAGAGAAGCCUUUGAGUUCAUAGUGGAAUUUCUAGAAGAAGAACAUGUGUCCGAGUUCGCCAAGCUGAAGUUCCUGAGGGCUGUGGAAACCUUGAGUAGUGCUGUGCAUGCCCAGGCAGAUGGCAAUAUGGACAAUUACUAUCCCAAAGCCAUCCUGGCCAAGAAAAUUGAGACGGUCCAGGCCUUAGACGACAUGUUGCAGGCUCUUGUGAUGGACAGUAUGAACCCCAGCAUGCUCAUACUACAAAACUUCCUGGAGAUCAUCUUACCUUGGUCAUUACUGUCAGACAAAGUGCACGAACAGAUGAGGGCCUUGGGCACUAUUUCCCGGCUGCUGAGGUUUAUUUGCAAUUUCCCCGAACUGUCACACAUGGAGGAAUUCUCGAUGAGUGGGAAACUGAUGAGCAUCUUCGGCCUCGUCGUCGUGGGCUGCAACCACGAGAUCAGCAUAGAGGCAUCAGAGGCGUUGCAUUAUCUGUUCAAAAUCCUUGUGCUUCAGAGAAGUGUGAAACAGAAGACAGAGACUAUCCUGAAGGAUUUGCAGAAGGAUUUCCAUGGAACAUGGCUUGCCAGCCUGCAGGAUCUAACACUGUUCUUCAAGAAAUACCUGACCCCUGAGGAGAGAGCAGAUAUGAUCAUGGUGAGCAUGGAGGCCAUGACCAACACCAGCAGGCAUGACAUCUCUGCAGCUUCCAAGAUGUUAAAGAUGAUCCUGAAGUACACAAUUCCAGAGAUCGGGAAGGUGCCGGAAAUCAUCCAGUACCUUUACUACCCCAUGAACAGCAUUACAGAAACCACAGCCCAAAAGACCAUUAAGAAGAUCCUGUAUCUGCUGUUCCAGUACUACACUGAUGAAGUUAUCCUGACACUAUUGAAGAUAGAAGAUCAGUCACAAAAGGGGGUUUGCAAACCCUGGGAAAUCCUGGCAUCCUUCCCCAAAGGCUACGAAAUGAUCAUGGACUACCUGCUCCAGAGGCUGACUCCACACCGGAGACCAAAGGACCAGGAGCCCAGCCACAGGACAGAGAUCUCACCAGUGAUUGCCACCAGGGCCAUCCAUGAGCUUCUGCUGGAACCCAGUCGGCGGAUGGAGGUGCAGUCCUUCUUCUCCUCCUUGUUCAUGGCCCUGCUGUUCCAGAUCUCCUUUUUAGUGGUUGAAGGGGACGCUGAAAUAAGCCAGGAUCAGCAACACAUAGCUGAAUGGAUGGACCCUAUAAGUUCUACCGUGGAGGCCCUGAAGACCUUGAUUCGAAGUUCUGGGUAUGGGGACUAUGUGUCUUCUAUUCAGAGACAUGGGGGCUGGGGGCUGCUCGUCAAUCCUGAAAGACACUAUGACGGAGUCACUCUGCUGGCCAGGUCCCUGGUCAUCAAUAACUGUUGGCACAACCGCCCCCUCUUCAGCUCCAUCAUCAGGUUCCUCCAGGACCCAGACUGCAAGAAUCACUUAACGGCCCUUGUGUUCCUGACAGAGCUGCUUCAGUGCCCAGAUGUGGCAGCCUCAGUGGAUGACUUCACCACCCGCAUUCUGGCAAACUGGUUCAAGAGUGAGGAGCCAGCCACAGUGAAGCCAUUGCUGCAGAUGCUAGAGGUCUUUGCGAAGCAUGAAAACAUGGUCCCCUGGAGAUUGCUGUCAUCAUCAGGGAUGAGAAGCGCAAUGGCGAUGGAAACUUACGGUGUAGUGGGAGGAGGGGGCCUCCUCUGUUUUCUCCCCUUUUCUCAUGAUGGACACAAGGUGAGGCGGCUCCGAAUCCUCCAGCCCUAUGUGCUGAACUGCUGCUACUCCUCGAACAGCGACAUAGUACUGGAGACUUUGCUGGUGCUGAAGAAUCUCCUGAGCCACCUCACCUGGCAGCACUCCUCCUCCUUCCUGAUCCAGCUCACCUUCACGCUGGUGCCCUUCUUUGAGGAGGUGUCAGAGCAUCUGCGGUUGGCAGCCUUUGAGAUCUAUGGGAGUCUCUUGGCCAAGGUCAAGAAGAGGGGCCUUGUCUUCCCCUUGAAGCACCAGAUCCUCAACUUGCUAGUUCCCCUGGUGCUCCACCUGAGGGACGUGAAUACAGACAUGGCUCUGGUGAGAGGCCAGGCGUUGGAGCCUGGUCUUCAGUCCCCGUUUUCAUGGGAGAUCUGCCGGUCUGCCCUCUGCCACACAGCUGCCGUGCUGGGCUGGUCAAAGCUGAAAGCAGUAUUUGCAGAGAAAGAUAUGUGGAACAUUCUUGGAGCCCUGCUGGAGCAGGAGACAAACAAAGCCCUCUGGUUUCUGAAGCAGUGUGUGGCUCUCUUCAAGAGCCCACAGGUUCCCAUCCGCUGGGCAGCUGUGUGGUUUGCAGGCCAGAUUAUCCAAACCCUAGACUUGGAAGAGAUCGAUGAAAUUGAGGAGGCAUACACAGCCCUACGGCACAUGCAGAGAGACUCCGACCCCAUGGUCAGCUGCCUCACCACGCAGACUUUCCAUAUCCUGGAAGCCAAGAAGAAGCUGCUACUGGCCAAGUCCCCGACCUCCUGCUUCUGCAGGAGGAGGCCCCAAAGGCACUACUUCUGAGCCUGCAUCCUUGAGUCUCAGAUGUAGGCCUGGCCAUUAGACCCUGUGACAAUGGGGCCAGAUUCCUGGGUCCUGCACUAGAAAUGGAGGUGUAUCCCUGCAGAAUCUUUGUAAUAAAAGGAAAAAGCAUGC